UAAUAACCAUUGAUAAGUGUGCCAAGGUACGUGUCGCACCCAUCAAUAAGCCGCAUGAUUAAGGUUAAUAUUCUUUUAAUCUUCCCCAAAUAUACAGUGGGAUGAUUAGAAUCCCACCUCUCCCUACUGCGUAGCCUGUGCUUUUGAGGAGGUAAAAGAACACGACACAAAUGUUAGUUUCAGUUGAAAACAACAGAGGAGAGGGGCAUAGCCGACAGUUUAGUCUGAAACAAACGACACAUUAUAAUUAUUUGAUGACAGAUAUGGGGAGAGAAGAACAGUGGAACACAGCCCACAAUCAGCACGUAUAAAUUGAGGAGAAAUGGGAUCAAGAGAGGUGAGUGAGUUUUUGUCAGAAUAUGAGGAAAAGUUUCAGACUGGACAGCUGAGAGUUUGGCAUGCUUGAGAUAAAGUUAAAGGCUUUGGCGGUGGAAAAUCAAAAAGUUUGAAAAUUUUGGAAGCCCAGAAUUUGAAAAUUGGAGGGGAAGAGAGAGUCAAAGAGAGAUGGAGAGAGAGGGAAAAGGUGAAGAGAGAAGGAGGAAAAAGCAGGAAGAGUCAUUGGGUGUAAAGUUGAAAAGAGCGGUUUUGGUAGGGAAAAGAGGGGGCAAUUGUACUCCUUCUCCAACAUGGAAAUAUGGGUUGGCUCAGACUGAUGGCUCUCUAGUUCAAGAUUACACCUUUCCCUCCAAUUCCACCUCUCUCUCAGUCAGAAAGCUUGGGGCCAACCUCUGGGAAGUUCAACCCCACCUUAGACUCAAGAUGAACAAAGAUAAGGGUUUUCAGCUCCCUACCCACUUGCCUCAGCCACUUGAUCCCCCAUCAGAACAGCCAGCAGGUGAUUUAAGAGGUCAUGUAGCAGCAUUAAGGAAACAGCAUAAUAGUCAAUCUGUGGCGGAAAAUGACGAUGCUAUACUGUGUGAAUCUCCUGCAAGCUGCAGUAGCUCGAUGGAGAUGGCUCCUUAUAGGCCUGCUGUGCUUCCUGCUAAAAUGGACAUGAAGGGUAGAAAUGGGAAGUCGAGUUACAGCCUCAAAACAUCCACAGAAUUGCUUAAGGUACUGAAUAGGAUUUGGAGUCUUGAAGAACAACAUGCAUCACAUAUAUUACUUGUGAAAGCGCUGAAAAGGGAACUCGAUCUCUCCAAAAUGCGAAUUAAAGAACUCCAGCAAGAGAAGAAAAUCAACCGGCAAGAACUGAUGAAUCGAGUUGCUGAGGAUAGGCAAAUCGAAGAGGCAAUCAAGGCGCUGAGAGAUGAGCUGGAAGACGAGAGGAAAUUGAGAAAGCAUUCGGAGAAUCUCCAGCGUAAGCUUGGUAGAGAGCUCUCAGAAGUGAAAUCGUCUUUCUCGAGUGCACUGAGAGAACUCGAGAGAGAAAGGAAGGCUCGGGCUAUGCUGGAAGACUUGUGUGACGAGUUUGCCAAGGAAGUGAAAGAGUAUGAGAAAGAAGUCCGGGCCUUGAAGUGCAAACCGAGGAGGGAUCAGAUACUCGGGGAGCACAACGAUAAGUUGAUUCUUCAUAUUUCAGAAGCUUGGCUAGACGAGCGUAUGCAGAUGAAGGCUGUUCAUGACAACUCUGAUGAUAAAAAAACGAUUUCGGGCAGGUUAGGCUUUGAAAUAGAAGAGUUCCUUAGAGCCAAGCAAUCUGCAGGAAAUUGCAGGGCGGUGUCGAAACAAGAAAACAGAAGCGCCUUUCGCAGGCAUUCUUUAGAGUCCUUUCAUUUGGAAGAGGAUGGAAGUGCCCCUCGAAACGAGAAUGUUGAAGGAGAAUCCUUCGAUGGCGCCAAUCAAAAUGGAAAGUGCAUUUCAAGGAUUCAUCUCGAAGAGAUAACAGAACCGAGUCCUAUGAUCAAAAGGAGCCAGUCUCAAUCUGAAGAAAAGACUCAUGAGGAGAUACCGAGCAAAGAUCUUAAUGAAGUGAAAGAUGCAAAGGAUCUCGAGAACACAAAGAGCAUGCAAGUUCGAUCUCAGAAACGAAAGAGUAAACAGCUACACAUCCGGGGUUCCCUGCUGAAUAGUUUGAUAAGAAACCAAUUGUCCCGGGGGAGAAAGCAACACGAAGCUGAGGAAAAGCGUGCAGAACAACGCCCUUUUGAUCCUUCAACAUUCACAGGUCCCGACAGCCCCGUGGAGAAGUGGACAUCAGAGAAAACAGCCCCCGAACCUGCAGUUCCACCCGAACCAUCUGCAAAACUGCAACAAGGUGCCAAGGAAAACACCCUAAAGGCAAAGCUACUCGAAGCGAGGUUAGAGAGCCAGCAACAUCAUCACUUCCGAGCUUCAGAAGGUUCGUGAUAAAUUCGAAACUUCUCCAGGGUAGAUCAAGCUCAUUCAAGAACCAUCAAAUUUCUGCCUAAACACUGCUCACAAGUAGUCACAACUUUAAUUAGAUUCUGUCACGAAUUUUAGUUAGUACACUUGCCAUAAAUGGAUAGUGGAGGCCUUUGUAGACCUGCAAUCUUUCUGUAAAUGGGUAGUGAAUUACUGAAUUUGUUACUUGACAUGAUGUCUCCAUAGCAACCUAAACAUUAGGUGAUACAAUGUUUGAUAUUUGGUGCAAAAGAUUUUGACAGAUUUAGAGCUGUUA